AUGCGAGCUUCUGUUUUGCUGGCUUCUUUGGCCUCCUUGGCUGCUAGUGCAACCAAGUGUGAUCCGAAAUUCUUCGCUCCUUAUCUCGACAGCAAUGCCAGCAUUGUUUAUGCUCGCACUUUCACCUCCAAUGAGACCUUCGUAGGCCCUCUCGCCAACUAUACCGGCUUGCCCGAUUACUGUGCUGUCUACGUGAACGUCAGCUCAUCUGCAACUUCAUCGUAUGAAUUUAGUGUCUGGCUUCCAACUUCGACAUGGAACAAGCGCUAUAUGGCUUACGGAAACGGUGGGUUCACCGGCCAAAUCGCCUUCGGAGAUAUGGCGCCGGGAAUUAACUACGGAUUCGCUGUUGUUUCGACAAACACUGGUCAUAACUCGUCUGUUACUGAGGCUGGCGAUGCAGGCUGGGCUCUUAACAAGCCUGAAACCCGGACUGACUGGGGUUGGCGCGCUCUCCACGGAAGUGUUGCUCUGGGUAAGACACUGACCAAGGCUUUCUAUAGCCACGAUAUUGAGUAUUCCUACUAUGCCGGAUGCUCAACUGGUGGUCGUCAAGGAUUGAAGUCUGUUCAGAUGUUCCCGGAUGACUUUGACGGAGUUCUUGCUGGCGCUUGUGCUUGGUGGACUAGCCACCAACAGAACUGGGAUUUAAAGGUUGCUCUGGACAAUUUGCCCAACGACUCCCCCGGCCAUAUCACCGCCGACCUGAUGGAUGUUCUGGCCGAUGAAGUCAUGAGCCAGUGUGACGGUGUAGAUGGCGUGGUUGACAACAUUAUUAUGAACGGCUACGCCUGCCAGUUCCGCCCCGAGGCUCUCCUUUGCAACAGCACUUCUACCAACACCAGCACCUGCUUCAAUGCUGCACAGGUCGACACCAUCAAUCGUGUGUAUGGCGAUUGGAUCGAAACGAACCAAACCUUUGUCUUCCCCUCCUUCGCUUGGGGAGCUGAGGCCCAGGUCUCUGAAAUGAUCAUCACCGCCGAUGAUGAUGUCGAUGCCCCUAGUGGAAUCGCCUACCCCCGUGACUUUGUCUACAACGACGCCACCUGGCCUGGAGAUCACCUUGAUCUGGCCACGAUUGAGCUUUCCGACCGUCUGGACCCGGGCAAUGCCACUGCAGAUGACUACGACCUCCGUCCCUUCCAGAAGCGUGGCGGCAAACUGAUCCACUACCACGGUUUUGCUGAUGGAGAAAUCCCUACUGGCUCCAGUAUCUACUACUACCAGCAAGUUCAGAAGACGAUGGUUCCUCUGGGGUACAAUUUGGAUGGAUUUUACCGCUUCUUCCUAAUCCCUGGUAUGGAGCACUGCAUGGAUUCCACCCAUGAUGCGCCUUGGUACAUUGGCUCUGCAAACCAGCCAUCCGCUUUGACUGGAGACAAUGUUUGGGGCGUGCCUGGGUACCGAGACCGCAAGCACGACGCUGUUCUGGCUCUGAUGGCCUGGGUUGAGGAGGGCAUUGCUCCCACUGAGCUGAUUGCUACCCAGUAUGUCGACAACACUCCUGCGCUUGGUGUCCAGGCCCAGCGUAGAACUUGCCCUUACCCUCAGCAUGCUGCCUAUGUUGGCGGUAACUGGAACCAGACACAGUCUUUCAAGUGCGUCUAA